AUUCACCCAGCAUUUAAUUUUACGGCUCACAUUAUUUCAGUACUAUUGCCGGUCUACGGGAGCGGCAGGCGUGUAAUUCUCCGUACUAUGCGAUGAGCACUGCCUUCAAAAUGAGCCCCUUAACCACCGGCUCUGUAGUGCAGAAAAGGGAGGAGAGUGGCCGACUUCAGGCGAAGAUCGCGCAAUACGAACGCCAAAUGGAAGAAAACAAGCACUUCACCGUUGUAAUGGGAGAGCCCUGCACGAUACAAGUAGAGCUGGACCCGGGACAGUAUGUAUUACACUGCCUGAUCUGCAACACGAAAUGCCAUUUUCCUUGUGAACAUGGCGACACUUCGGAUGCGAAAAGGAACUGUCCCGUAAUGUAUAACGGUUACUGUUGCGUUUGCCCCGAGACCUGCCACUGGGCGAAACAUUACAGCAGCCGCUACUGCAUGGAAACUGGAACGAAAAAAGUUACCAGAACCCGGGAAGAUAUGAAGAAAGCGUACUUCGGUGCGCUUCAGGAAAAGCUGACCGCAGAGGAGAGCCUGAACAGGUUGCAGAAAGAAGUAGAAAAUACGCAUUAAAAACUCUUAAGAACUGUUGCUCAUCAUUCACCAACUCUGUCGAUAAUAUACAAAUAAGCCUUAUGCACCGGCUUGUGGUGUAUCCGCCAGUGCCAUAAAAUAUUUGCGAAAAAUGUUAAGUUAAACAGCUGCAGCAGGGUUCUCCAAAUGAUGUCAUCAG